AUGGCCUCGUCCCUUCAGACUUCCGAUAAUUCCAAAGUCGUCAAGACUGAGCCUCUAGACAACAAAGACGCCAAGUGGGCGACACUCAAAAAAAUCACCUACACUGACCCCAAAGGUGUUGAGCGCAUAUGGGAAUCCGGAGAACGUCUCACCCGACCACCGGGAUCUGAUAUCGACGGCGUAGGCGUUGCAGCCAUCCUCCAGGACCCAGCGAAACCCAAUGAUGACCCUCGGAUCGUGCUGCAAAAGCAAUGGCGUGCGCCCGUUGAUGCAACCGUCAUAGAAGUUCCAGCUGGCUUGAUGGAUCCGAAUGAGACUGCAGAGUCCUGCGCCAUCCGCGAGCUCAAAGAGGAAACAGGCUAUGUUGGAGAGCUCGUCCCAGAUAAGACCUUUCGGGUUACUCCAAUCAUGUUUAAUGCAUGCCACUCCUUGAGAUUUUCUUUUGCAUCCGGAAAGCUUCUUCGUGAUGAUGCCACACAGGCAACGGCCGUGCAUAUUCGACAUACGAGCGCCACACAUCCAGGUUUCUGCAACACCAACCUCAGGAUGAUUCACGUCACAGUGGAUAUGUCCCGCCCAGAGAAUCAAAACCCACAGCCGGAGCUUGAAGAGAACGAGUUUAUUGAAACGUUCUCUGUCCCACUGAAAGAUCUAUGGAACGAAUGUAUUAGAUUCACGGAACAAGGAUACGUCAUCGAUGCAAGAGUCGGCACGCUGGCAGAGGGCAUCGAAUUCGCUAAGAGAUGGAAGUUGGCAUAA